AUGCAUAUCACUAAUAAGUUUGAAAUGAAAUUAUGGGCAUGUGUCUCAGAUAUAUUUGAUCUUAAGAAGGAAAAGAGAUAUUUUCUUGUUCUAGAUGAUGUGUGGAGUAAUAAACCUAGUGAUUGGAAUGAGUUGAGAAGCUUGUUAUCCAGUGGUGGAAGUGGAAGUGUGAUUAUAGUUACCACACGCAGUAUAGAUGUUGCUUUGGUGGAACAUACAAUUGUUAGUUGUGAAAAACAUGAUGUCUCUGAGAGGAUUAGACACUUAGUGUGGGACUGCCAAGAUUUCUCAAUGGAGAUGAAAUCUCCAAAGCAGCUAAAAAGGGCCGGUAGGGCGAGGACAUUUAUAAGCAUAGACAAUUAUGGCACUGUGAGUAAAGCCUUUCUUGAAGACCUGUUAUCAACUUUCAAACACCUUCGUGUCCUAGUUUUUUCUCAUGCUGGAUUUGAAGAGCUACCAAGUUCGAUUGGAAAUUUAAGGCACCUAAGAUACCUAGAUCUAAAAUGGAAUAAAAAAAUUAAAUCCCUACCAAAUUCUUUAUGCAACCUGGUGAAUCUACAAACACUCCAUCUUGCUAGGUGUGACCAACUAGUGGAGCUACCCAGAGAUGUGCAUGGACUGGUCAAUCUGAUGUUUCUCUUCCUGACUUCAAAGCAGAGACAUUUCUUAAAACAUGGGUUUUGUGGUUGGCCAUCUCUGUCAGAUCUACAAUUGAAGAACUGCCUUGAGCUAACAUCAUUGACAGAGGGGCUUGGCAGUCUGGCUGCCCUCAAAGAGCUACGCAUCUUCAAUUGUCCAAUGUUGGCUUCUCUUCCUUCUGCCAUGAGACAACUCUCCAAACUCCAAAAGUUGGUUAUAAAUAAUUGUGCAGAGCUUGAUCUGAUGGAACCAAAGGAAGCCAUGAGCGGGCUAUGCUCACUUCGUUCACUCAAUCUUGUCUCUCUUCCAAAGUUGGUGGGAUUUCCAGAGAGCUUCAAUUCUGCUGCAUCCUCUCUUGAAUAUGUUUGCAUUGACGAUUGCAAAGGAUUGGAGAGGCUGCCAAGUGUAGUCAAAGACUUCACUUCUCUUAAGAGAACUAUCAUUCGUUACUCUCCUGCAUUGAGUAGGAGAUUCACUGUGGGUUCCGGAGAGGAUUAUCAUCUCAUGAGCCAUGUCCCUGAGAUAUGGAUUGAUGAGGUGUUGUUGGAAAGGUAUAACUAUUGA